AUGUCACACAUGACGGACAAAAUGAAAGAGGACCUGGCAUACUACUGCUGCGAUCUCAGCGACUGCUCCGAGACCAGCGACUGCGACUCGUGCGAUGACGACACAAACGACAAGACCAAGACCCUAAAGGGGACACAAAAGCGGACCCGGUCGUCGGCGCCAACCAUCACCAAACGGCAACGAACAACUCGGGUCAAGAACGAACAUGCCGACUGUGCCGAGUGUUUGGAUGGCCCUGAGGACGACGAAGACUGUCCGUGCGACGACGGCUGCGAGGUCCUGACACUGUCCAACCAACAGGAGUUUGAGUCCUACAUCAAGUCUGUGUUGGCGGUUGACUGGGAAGGGGAGGGCACUCAACAACAACAGCAACAGCAACAGCAACAGCAACAGCAACAGCAACAGCAACAGCAACAACAGCAGAUACAGGCACAGACACAACCCCAACAACAGCCACAACCAAUUCCUCAAACACAAAACCAACACCUCUACCUCGACAACAGCGGCGGCAACAAUAACAACCACUCUUCGAAUAUAACUCCUCUAAUGGACAUCCAUAGCCGUCUCCAUGAACGCAUUCCGGAACACCUCCUUCACCACACACACUGCGACUUUGACCCUGUUUCGGACAUGGACAAUUUUUUGUCGCAUCUCAAAAACGAGCACUUGACGGUCCCUGAAAACUUCCCCUUCCAGCUCUGCCAGACACAUCCUGACCAUGCCCAUGGUGUCCACCAUGCCAACGGAGUCCAUGAUCAUCAUAUGGGUCACGUUGGCCAGCAACAUGGCCACCUGCAGCAUCUGCAGCAGCAUCAACACAGUCACGUGAACAAUCACGUGCACCCACAGGGCCACCAACACAACCACUCUGGUCAAAUGGGCUCAUCGUUCACACACAUGGCGGCACCGUCAAUCCCAACACCCACCAGCUCGUCAAACACUCCGGCAGACAAUGUUUCGUCCUUACGCUCCACCCUGAGCAUCCCGCAACCGUACCUGUCGCCAGCAAAAAUCCUGCAGUGCCAUUGGGGCAACUGCAACUACAACACAGACUCCGCUGAUGACCUGGACUGCCAUUUUGUGAAUGCUCACAAGUAUGACUUGAACCGGUACUCGCGUCACCAGACGGCUUGUGCAAACGCCAUGAAGGUGUAUCCCCAGGAGAAACGGCCUCCGGUAGGCAUUUCUCCCUUUCAAUGUGAGUGGAACCAUUGUCAUUUCCGCAGCAACGACCUCACCGAGUUUGUGUCGCAUUUGAUGGAGUCGCAUCAGCUGCAUACGUUUGAACACACUUGUUCUUCCAAUAACCAUUACCCUGGCAGCUUUUUGGAGAAUGUGUCAACUAUGCUUCCGCUGACGUCUACUCCGUCUUCCGAAGGGUCCCCCCUGAGUUACACGCCUCCUAGCACUUUUGACAACGACUUUGACUCUCCAAAGUAUGGCCAGAUGACCAAUCCGACGCCCAGUACGAGCUCCUCUACCAGUCCCAGCGUCAACAGUGCCGCCAACAGUGCUGCCAACAGUGCUGUGACCUCGACAGUAGCCAGUACGCCACCAGCAUCUGCUGCCCCAGCCCCAGCCCCAGCAGCCACGGUGCACACGUGCCAGUGGGUGUUGGAGAAGGACCCCAAGCAUGUGUGCAAACUGCAAUUUUCGUCGGCCAAGGACCUGUCUGAUCACGUGAUCGAGAAGCAUAUUGGCUCGCGGAAACCCGAGUACUCGUGCUCGUGGGACGGCUGUGAGCGAUGCGACAGACCCUUCACUCAGCGGCAAAAGGUGGUGCGUCAUUUGCAGACCCACACAAAGCACAGACCUCACCAGUGUCCUGUAUGUCAUUACCGGUUUGCCGAGGAGUCUGUGCUCAAGCAGCAUAUGCGCAUCCACAGCGGCGAGAAGCCCUUUCAGUGCCAGAUUUGCCACAAGACGUUUGCGGCGUCAACCGCGCUUUCGGUGCACAUGAGGAUCCACACUGGAGAGAAGCCGCUCACCUGCAAGUGGCCUGGGUGUGGUAAGCGGUUUUCCGAGUCGUCCAACUUGACCAAGCACAUGAAGACCCAUACUUUGGAGAAGCCGUUUGCCUGUCCUCAUCCGGGGUGUGACAAGCGGUUUGGAAGGAAUGAUCAGUUGCAGAGACAUGUCAAGACGCACGAGGUGAAGGAGGAACCUGAAUGGAAUGCUGGGUGGCAGCAAACCGUGGUUUAG